AUGUACGACGAAGUGCUGCCUGUGGACCCCAAUACUUACAUGCUCCUGGACAAUCUGAGCAUGCAACAUGAAGAAAGAGUCUCCGUGACGCGCUCACAGUGCAAAGUUCACCUCUUCGGAUCGCUGGUGCUCUCAGACCGCUUCAUCCGAUAUACUGGCACACCAGAGUGCGGAGCAGUAGCAGCGUCUAUCACAACCGUUGACGAUAUUUGCUCGGUGGCUCAUCCAACCCCAGAAACGGACGUAGAGGCUGCUCGACGAAUUGGAUUGGUAUUGCACCUCUUCGGCCUUCUGAGUGCUGCAAUGUCGCGGACUCUUCCAGGCCAAGACGGGCAUGGGCCCAUUUUGAUGAUUGUGGUACCACUCUCCAAACGCUUGACGGUCUUGCUCUCAAGGACAGGUCAGAGCCGCCGCUCUUUUCAACUCACCAACCGCACCUUUAAUCUACGUGUCUAG